CUACGCAACGGUGAGGCGAAGCGGUUGUUUUGGUCGCCAUGGCGUCAAGUCGCUGCCUGUGAAUCGAGGCGAUUGAGCCGCUUGUCACGCCGUCGUCAACGAGGAGACACCGGGGAGACACCGGGGAGACACCGAGGAGUUACUGAGGAGACACCGAGGAGACACCGGGGAGACACCGGGGAGACACCGAGGAGUUACCGAGGAGACACCGGGGAGUUACCGAGGAGACACCGAGGAGUUACUGAGGAGACACCGAGGAGACACCGAGGAGUCACCGGCCGCUUUCCCGCCGGAAUAACUUCCCCACUUAGAGCUUCGCCUCGCGCGCGUCGCGUGAGUCCGCCGCCGCCAUGUUAUCGUCCGUUCCCACCAGGCUGAUCGCGCGAAGGUCGCGCAGCCUGUCGCCGUGCAGUCGCGUGCUCCAGACCAGCGCGUGCCGCGGCGCGCGCGAGACCCCGGCGGAGGUCAACCGCAACCCCAUCGUGUCCACCUCCCGGGUCUCCAGGCGCGGCAUUCUAGCCGCGGAGGAGAGCGCCGCUGCCAUCCCCGUGAACCCCUCGGUGCAGUACCACCACAUCGCCCCUAGAUGGCUGUCGAGCCUGGAGAACCGCCGCGGCUCGUGGGCGGCGCUGGCCAGCAGGGGGCGCCACAGCAACCAGUUCUGGGAGGAGAGCAGCGGUGGAGGUGGAGGGGGGAGCCAGGGGGCAGGUGGAGGAGCAUCCAGCCGGGCAAGAGCGGCCUCCAUCGGGGUGCUGUCUGCAGCAGCGGUGGCCUUCUGCCUGAAGAAAGACUCUGAUGACAAGGGCGAUGCUCUCCUGGAGGCAGCGAGGACCAAUAACUCUCAAGAUGUGGCCAGGCUGCUGGCAGAGGGAGUCGACCCCAACCACCGCCACCGCCUGGGCUGGACCGCCCUCAUGGUGGCAGCCAUGAACCGCCAGCACAGCGUGGUGAAGGUUCUGCUGGAGGCCGGCGCCGACCCGAACACGGGCGACAACUUCAACAACGUGUACGACACGUCGCGGGAGAGAGGCGUCCACUCACUGGAGGUGCUGGUGUCCAGAGAGGAUGAGUUCAGCAGUCGUCUCAGCAGUCGAGCUGGUUUCCGUGGCAGCACGGCGCUCCACUACGCCGCGCUGGCCGACGACCCGCGCACCGCCCGCAUGCUGCUGGAGGCCGGUGCCAACCCCCUGCAGAGCAACGGGUUGGGACACACAGCGCGGUCCUACGCCAAAGAUGGAGAAGCCAGCAGCGUGCUGCAGGAGUAUGAGGACAAGUUCCAGGAGGUGCAGGCUCGGCGGGAGGCGGAGGAGAGGAGGAGGUUCCCCCUGGAGAGGAGGCUGAAGGAGUUCAUCAUCGGACAGGAGGGGGCCAUCAACACGGUGGCCUCAGCCAUCAGGAGGAAGGAGAACGGUUGGUAUGACGAAGAGCAUCCGCUCGUCUUCCUCUUCCUCGGAUCAUCAGGAAUCGGGAAGACGGAGCUGGCCAAACAGGUGGCACGCUACAUGCACAAGGACGUCAAGAAGGGCUUCAUCCGGAUGGACAUGUCCGAGUUCCAGGAGAAACACGAGGUGGCUAAGUUCAUCGGCUCCCCUCCCGGCUACGUGGGCCACGAUGAGGGCGGUCAGCUGACCACGCUGCUGAAGGCGUGUCCCGACGCCGUGGUCCUGUUCGACGAGGUGGACAAGGCCCACCCCGACGUGCUCACCGUCAUGCUGCAGCUCUUCGACGAGGGUCGCCUCACAGACGGGAAGGGGAGGACCAUCGAGUGCAAAGACGCCAUCUUCAUCAUGACCUCCAACAUCGCCAGUGAGGAAAUCGCCCAGCAUGCACUGCAGCUGCGCGAGGAGGCCGAGGUGGUCAGCCGCAGAAAGAUGGCCGACAACCUCGAGGAAGUACAGAAAGGUGACGACGUCCAGAUCUCGCGACAGUUCAAAGAAUCUGUGAUCCGACCGAUCCUGAAGGCUCACUACCGGAGGGACGAGUUCCUGGGCCGCAUCAACGAGAUCGUCUACUUCCUGCCGUUCUGCCACUCUGAGCUGCUGCAGCUGGUCAGCAAGGAGCUGGGCUUCUGGGCCAAGAAGGCCAAACAGCGCCACGGCAUCAACCUCCAAUGGGAACGCCCAGUUCUGGACCUGCUGGCGGACGGAUACAACAUGCACUACGGAGCCCGGUCCAUCAAACACGAGGUGGAGCGGCGGGUCGUCAACCAGCUGGCGGCGGCCUACGAGCAGCAGCUGCUGCCCAAAGGCUGCACCCUGCGCCUGACGGUGCAGAGGGGGGACCAGGACCGGGACCAGGGGGACCAGGACCAGGGGGACCAGGACCCGGACCGGGACCGCCGCUCCCCCAGCCUGCGCCUCCAGGUGGUCGGAGAGGACAGCAGCUCGAGGACGCUGGACAUCCGUCCACCGCUCAGCCCCGACCACUAGGGGGCGUGCAUAAAGAUAUGUAUGCAGACAUGUACACCUUCAUCACCACCUUCAUCACCUUUAUCAUCGUCACCUUCAUCAUCAUCACCGUCACCAUCGUCUCAGGAGGAAGUCGGCUCCUGAUGUCACCAGUAAAAGUUCUUCUGAUGAACGUCUCCUCCUCUUCUUCACACGUUUACUUCUGACAUGUGCAGAGCAACACGUGUGUAGCGUGUGUAGCGUGUGUUGUAAAGUGUGUGUGAAGUUCUCAUGUCAGCUGGGAGGAAGUCAUGAGCUUGCACACAGUCUCAGGUGGAGAAGAAGUAGACGUGUGGAGGAAGUAGACGUGUUAGGCGUGUAGAGGAAGUAGACGUGUUAGACAUGUAGAGGAAGUAGACGUGUGGAGGAAGUAGACAUAUUAGACGUUUAGAGGAAGUAGACGUGUGGAGGAAGUAGAUGUGUUAGACGUGUAGAGGAAGUAAAGAUUUAGAGGAAGUAGACGUGUUAGACAUGUAGAGGAAGUAGACAUGUAGAGAAAGUAGACGUGUACAGGAAGUAGAUGUGUUAGACGUGUAGAGGAAGUAGACGUUUAGAGGAAGUGGAUGUGGAGAGGAAGUAGACGUGGAGAGGAAGUAAAGGUUUAGAGGAAGUAGACGUGUAGAGGAAGUAGACGUGUUAGACAUGUAGAGGAAGUAGAUGUGUACAGGAAGUAGAUGUGUUAGACGUGUAGAGGAAGUAGACGUGGAGAGGA